CAAAAAUUAUGCAGAGAAUAGUAAAACUAAUAAUAAUAGAACUAUAAAUUCUACAGCUGCUACACCAUACCCAAAAAUAUUCAAAGAAACUUACAAUGUUAAGAAAUUAGACUUUUUAGUAAUUGGUGAUUGGGGAUAUCAAGGGAAUGGAUCUGGACAACAAUCUGUUGCCGAUGCUAUGAAGAAUUGGGCAAAGUGGAAUAGUUCUCAGUUUAUUCUUAACGUUGGUGAUAAUUUUUAUCAAAUUGACAACAAAGAUUAUGAUGGUGUUCUAAGUGUAGAUGAUCCAAAAUUUAAAACAUAUUGGUUGGAUGUAUACACUGAAAGAUUAGCUGACAUUCCUUGGAUCACUAUUGCUGGAAAUCACGAUUGGUAUACGAACGUCUCAGCACUAGUAGAUCACUAUUGGUUAAAUGACAAGAGAUUCUUUUUUCCUUCACUUUAUUACGUUCGUAUAUCAACUUUUGGGAAACAUAAAACAAAAGUUGCAUGGAUACAUAUCGACACCGAUCCAUUCGCAUAUUACUAUAAUAAUUUAACAGACAAGAAUGGACUUAAAGCUAAUCUUGCAAACAUGGGUUUUAAUAAUAGCGAUAACAUCGAAAAAAGAUUAAAUUGGAUAGAAGAUCAAUUAAAGGCUGUCAGUCAUAUUAAAUGGAUUUUUGUUGUUGGUCAUCAUGCGCUAGUAGGCGAAUGCUCAUAUACUUAUUAUUUUCCUCGCCUUCGAUCGCUCUUAAACAAAUACCGUGUAACGGCCUAUUUUGCGGGUCAUAAUCAUGUGUUGGAAAUAGAAACUACAAAUAAUACGUCUCCUGUUACGUAUUUCACUUCGGGUGCUGGAAGUAAAUUUGAUUUGGAAGGUUGUAAAGGCGCCACUUGGGGUGCUCCAGGCGGUACUAUGGGAUUUUUACACGUUAGUAUUGAAGACGGUUGCGAUCAGCUAUACUACGAGUAUGUUAACGCGACUACCAUGGGACAAACACCCCAAGUUGUAAAUCAAGGAUUUGUCAGCGAUGUGAAAAACCAUACUUUAGAAUAUUCAGCCGAAUUAGAUUCAGCGUCCAGAUAUUGA